AUUGUGGUUUGUCAGUGCGCCGUUAAACUGGACUGGGGGCUAAUUUGAUCUUCGUCUCAGGUUUUCUUCCCAUUAGACUUCAAAGAGGCGCGUAACAGAUCGAAAACAAGACAAGUAGACGCAGGGCGCUCGUUACUUUGGAAAAUAACUGGCUCUUAGUGGCAGGUAGGAGGAAUGCAGAGCAGAAUAAAAACACGUCGACAUCUUCUCUUCUUCCCACGGUGUGCGCAUGUGUGGGGAGACUUUCUAGUUGGGUGGGUUGUGUGGCUAAAUAGCACGCCCACGCCACUCCAGUGCAGCUUUGAACCUGACCGGAGGUGAUGACGCUUGUCUUCCUCUGACAUACACACAUGUAUUCUUUUUUUUUUUCCUGACUUCAUCUGGACAACACGGAAGUAUUUUGUGCUUAAUUCUCGUGUAGCACGUUAGGAUUAUUACUGCAAGCCACACUUUGUAUUAAUGUCUCAGGAUUUCCCCCCGCCCAACGGAUUACAAACAAACGUUGGACUACUUCCACAUUGAGAUGCUACUGUCCUUUAAUCGUGAUGUUGGUGACUCUUUCUCCUCACGGGGGGUCUUCGUCGCAGCGUGAAGGUUGCAAGCAAAACGAAAAGACGUGCGAGAACGUUUAGAAUGUCAGGAAAAGGUGAACACCAGCUGCUGCAGACGCUCAUUUGGCUGCUUGCGGUCUUGGCGCGGAGUGGAGCAGUUUCCAGAUGUGCGAACCACGCCUGCAGUCCACCCAUUACGAACUUGGCUACAGGCAGAGGUCUCAUCACCCUCUCAAGGAGCUGUGGGAACACCUCACAUGACCACAUCCCAUGUCCCCACCCACCUAGUCACAUGACUGAUGAUCCUUUCUUGCAUCCAAAUACCUGGUGGGAAUCCAGUGCAGAGCCCACCAUGCAGGGGAAGCACGACGAGAUCCGUCUGGACCUGGAAACACAGUUCUGUAUGUCACAUGUGGUUUUGUUGUUCCGGUCGCCGCGGCCCGCUGCCAUGGCCGUUGAGCGAUCGACAGACUUUGGGAAUUCCUGGGUGGUUCUUAAGGUCUUUGCACACAACUGUAGCAUGGAGUUUGGUUUGCCUGAUGAUUUUAAUCAGCCUGGCUCUUUGUGUACAUCCCGUUACAGCAGCGCAGCACCCUGCAGUGGUGGGGAGGUGAUAUUACGGUUACUUGACCCGAACAAUGCAAAUUUAUUGGACCCCUACAGUCCAGAGGCUCUUGUCCGCCUGACCCUCACCAACCUGCGUAUCAGACUGCUGAAACCUCAGACUUGUCCUCCCCUUCACCAGACCUCAGAGGAACAAACACAGCCUACACCCACCUCACUGACAGGACCUUAUGCUCUUUAUAACUUGCUGGCACAAGGGACGUGCCUGUGCCACGGACAUGCUGAGAUUUGUGUGGCACGCCACACCAGCCAAGACGCACAGCAGGACGGUAACAUGGUGUCAGGUCGCUGCGUGUGUACUCACCACACGGCAGGCUACCACUGUGAGAAGUGCGCGCCACUCUACAACGACCGUCCCUGGAGGCCUGCCAACGGGAGCAGUGGCGACGCAAAUCCAUGCCAAAAGUGUGAGUGUCACGACCAUGCAGACAGCUGCCACUUCUCCCAGCGAGCGUGGCUCUCCACCGGUGGCCAGAGCGGCGGGGUCUGCGAUAGCUGCAGACACAACACCUUUGGGCCCAGGUGCCAGCGCUGUCGUCGAGGCUACCGCCGUCACCCGACGCUGCCCAUCAACUCCCCCCACACUUGCCAGCGAUGCUGGUGUGACCCCGAAGGCUCCUCGUCUCCACAUCCUGGAGAUGAGGAAACCUGGUGCCACCAUCGGAGUGGCCAGUGCAAGUGUAAAACUGGUGUUGGGGGCACAAGCUGCACUCAUUGUAUGCCUGGCUAUUGGGGCUUUGGCGCUGAGGGCUGCAAAGCCUGCGCCUGCCCCAACAGCUGUAAUCCCACCACUGGGCAGUGUCUGGACAGUCAUUCAAAUAAUCAGUUGUUCAACAUACCCAUCGGUGGAAAAGUCCCUACUUUGGAUUCUCAAUUUUUCAUGGAUGAAGGGACCCAGUGGCCAAAAGAGCAGGCCGUCUCUGUGCUGCACUCCUCAGGAAAGUGCAGCUGUAAGGCGAAAAGGCUAAGAAGUGUGUCUGACCUCUGCAAGAUUAAACAUGACUAUGUGAUUAAGGCGAGUGUGAUGUCAGCUCAUGACAAGGGCAGCUAUGCAGAAGUGCAGGUCAAAGUGCGCAAGGUCCUACGAUCAGGUCUGGUGGCACUGAGCUCAGGGACCAUCAGUAUCUAUCCAGUGUCCUGGACUAGCCGUGGGUGCACCUGCCCCAUCCUAAACCCAGGUAUGCAGUACCUGCUGGCAGGCCCGGAAGAAUCCGCCACAGGCCGUUUGCUGGUCACAAUGCAGAGUGUGGUGGUCCCCUGGACCCCCAGAUUGGGCCUUCUCAUUACAGACAGCCUAAGAAGUGGAUGCCUAAGAUGGACAGUCUCCAAAACAGUCAAGAAUUCAGUUCAGGAAGUCAGUUAAGAAGAGACUGAAAAUUACUGGUGACAAGUUGAACCACCAGCACAAACCCAGAAAAUAGUAAAGUUGAUGGUCAAAAGAUAAAUUAAUACUGCUGUGGCAGCACAAGGCACUCAUUUCUAUCAGUACUUUCAUUGAAUGUCAAAGACCAACUGGAGGGCCGUGCGAGCAAGCAAAGUAAUGCCUAGAUUAGACGACAGAAUUUAAGCCUCGUUAUUGGCCCGAUUAGCUAUCGCAGGCGAUUUCUCAGAUCGGGCCCGACAUAUUUUGUCGGGAACGACAAAACUUCUUGAUUUUCCUCUUUUUGUUCUUUCCCCCUCCCCAACACAAUACAUUGGUGCCAGCCAUUGUAUAUCAUCGACAUGGUAACGGGUGUACCGGUCGCGUUGACCGGUAACGCGUUUUCUGGUUCACCCUCUCUGACAGCGUUUGAUUUGACAAGAUAAAGCCCAGUGUUUGUAAAAGACAGGAUAGGGUGGUAUCGGAAUACGUCCUGUACUGUUGCCACUGUCUGACCGAGAUACGGCAAGAAUUUAUGGCAGUAGUCUGACAUCGUGCAAUCGGCAAAGAACACAUUUUUCAUGUGGUCUGAUCCAGCCAUAAGGGAAGUGGUCAAAAUUGCCCUUAAAUAUAAAUUCAGAAAUAAUCAUUCAAAAUCAAAAUAAUAAUUCUUCCACCAACACCAUUUUAUUCUGAACAAUCGUGUUGAUUAAAGUCAUAAUUGUUGUUCAAAGCGCAGCAGAUAUAGGUGAACCUGAAUGUGUAAAUGUCUGGAUUUUAUUAAAUUCUCCUUUUUGUUUUAACCUCA